AUGGGGUCGCUGUUGAAGACAACAUCAUUCUCUGAGUCCGAGAACAGCUUUUUCAAAAGGUACACAAAACCCCACUUCAAUCUUGCUGACUUUGUGAUGCACUACAACAGCGCGGUAGAUGCUCAACGUAACCUAUCAGAAAGGCUCGAUUUCGUUGAUGCUACAAAAGUCCUCUUCCUCUCAACGGAGCUCUUAUUUGAGAACCACGCAGCAUAUAUUUAUACAAAUCGCAUCUUUCAGCAAGUUCAAAAUGAGAUCGUCGAGGCUCAUCAACGUUGCAGAAUGACUCACUUCGAGAUGGAAGAUAAUACUGAGAUUUACACAAUAACGGACAGCCUUCGAAAUAAAGUUGUUGUCCGCCACGAAGUUGGCACCGAAUCGUACCACUGUGAUUUUUCACUAAUUGAUCGCAAGCGAGUUGUAACAGCCAAACUGCAUUCACUAUACAUUCACUUAGUCCAACGAGCACAGAGCAAUGACGAUGACAUUGUUGCAUUAUUCGACGGAAUGGAAGAACUUAGUCAAAAACUCUUUGGGGGUACAGUACCUUCAUGGUCUUCCAUGGAUAAAGCACAGAGGAUUGAGGGUCUGUACGGGGCAUCUCGACCGAGUGUUGUUAACGUGCACCCUCCCGAUGUAGUGAGUACAAAGGGAUCUGGCAGCAGUUCUGGAAAGUGA